UCUUAGAAGAAACUGAAAAAAAAUGCAUGACCUUCCUUCUAAUGUAAUAUGCCUUCCCCAAACCAACCAAUUGGAAGCUUUAUUAACUAUUAUUCGAGAUAAAAAUACGAACCGCGGUGACUUUAUAUUCUAUUCGAAUAGAAUCAUUAGGUUACUUGUGGAAGAAGGAUUAAAUCAUUUGCCUGUUGUGGAGAAAGCUAUUGUCACUCCAACAAGUACCAAAUAUGAAGGUGUUGGUUUCAAGGGUAAGAUAUGUGGUGUUUCUAUUAUGCGUGCAGGUGAAUCUAUGGAACAAGGAUUACGUGACUGUUGCAGGAGUGUAAGAAUUGGAAAGAUCUUGAUUCAACGUGAUGAAGAGACGGCUCUACCCAAGCUUUAUUAUUCUAAAUUACCUCCAGAUAUAGAUGAUCGAUAUGUUCUUUUAUUGGAUCCAAUGCUUGCAACUGGUGGAUCAGCUAUUAAAGCUAUCGAAGUAUUAUUGUCUCAUGGAGUAAAAGAAAACAAAAUUUUAUUCCUGAAUUUAGUUGCUGCCCCCGAAGGCAUUGAAGCUGUUACCAAAAAAUAUACUGAACUUAAAAUUGUGACAGCCAGUGUUGAUAAAGGAUUAAAUGAUAAGAAAUAUAUUAUACCUGGUUUAGGCGAUUUUGGUGAUAGAUAUUUCACCCUUCCUUAAAAAGCAAAAUGGAAUUUUUUUUUAUCAUAUAUAAUUAAUGAAAAUUUAUUGUUAAAGAAAUGUAUAAUUAUAUGUAUACUUAUUUUUUUACUGUAUUGUAAUGAUAAUAAAUG